CCCAUUUCUUGUACCAGCGGAAGUCCGACUGCCACUUCUUCAACGGGACGCAGCGGGUGCGAUUCCUGGACAGGUACUUCUACGACCGGCAGGAGUAUGUCCGCUUCGACAGCGACGUCGGGAAGGUCGUGGCCGUCACCCCGUUGGGGCAGCUCUCGGCCGACUAUUGGGACAGCCCGCACGACCACCACGAGGCCCAUUUCUUGCAUCAGACGAAGUCCGACUGCCACUUCUUCAACGGGACGCAGCGGCUGCGAUUCCUGUUCAGGUACUUCUACGACCGGCAGGAGUUUGUCCGCUUCGACAGCGACGUCGGGAAGGUCGUGGCCGUCACCCCGUUGGGGCAGCUCUCGGCCGACUAUUGGAACAGCCGCCAGGACUACCUGCAGGACUGGAGGGCCGCCGUGGAUCGCUGCCAGCACAACUACGAGGUUCUCCAAGGCGCUCCUGUGGUUGGCCGGAGAAAGCUUCAUCACUUCCGCUAAUCCAUCUAGCGAUCUUCGACAGCCCCUGAAAGCCCCCAGAGAUGGCCUGCAAAUGGCUCCAGUCUCCCAGUUCGCCUCGUGGGGCAUCUCCAGGCGUCAAAAACCCUCUCGAGGGUCCCUCCUUCGGGGGCUUCAGGCUGCCUUUCGAUUUCGGGGAGACGGCGCCGGAUGCGCUGCCCAAACGCCCCCCAAAGCGCUU